AUGAGACUGCAAUGCCAACACGACUCCCGCAUAAAACACGCCGAGGGCUUGGCCUUCACAAUUAUCGUGCCGACCAUCUGCUGCAUAGGAAUGCUUCUAAACUUCACCAUCUUGUUAAUUCUUAAGUCGAAAAGGAAUUUUCCUGAGUCAACUUAUUUCUAUUUGUUCCAUUUGGCUCUGGCCGAUUUCCUAACUUUGGGAUUCUUCUGCCUAAACAGUGUCGGGAAAGGUUUCUACCCAAAGAGUUUUCAUUGGCGAAUGUAUGAGAUUUAUGUUUAUUUUUAUUUUGGAUCUAUCUGCUCCAACGCCAGCAUUUUCAUUACUGUUACCGUUACUGUUGAAAGCCACACCACCAUCGUCUUCAUCUACAACUACACCAUCAACGUCUUUAUCGUCUCACUCAGAUUCAUCUUCAUCAUCUUCAUCCAUCCCAUCCUCAUCAUUUUCAUCAUCUCAGAUUCAUCUUCAUCUACAAACCUGUAA